AUGAGUGAAGCUCCUGCUGGUGGAAAAUUUUGUAUGGUCCUUUUAGAAGGGAUCGGCUGCAGCGACAGUGACGAACGGAACGCUGUGAAGAAAGCCCACAUGGAAUACCUAAAUUCUCUGAAGGUAAAUGAAAAUUGCGUCUACCGUGAGUUGGAUGCAUCCGGUUUGUGCGUGGGACUGAAAGAGGACCAGGCCGCUCCUACGACCUUAUCUGCGUCCGUCAUUUCCUCUGGAAAGAGACGUUACCCCAAUAACACGGUCCUGGACCACUUGAUCGAAGCCGGAACAUUCCAAACCAGCGAAGCUCUUACUAAAUUGCUCGCCGAUGUCAUAGAAGGAAAUGGAAGAAUUCAUUUUGUCGGUUGUUUGGGAGAUGAGGAUGUAGCCAAGAUGCAGCAUCUGAAGGAGCUGGUCACCGCUGCGAAGGUCGCCGGAGUGAGUGAGAUCUACAUCCACGGUUUCACGGGAAACGACAGCAGCACCGAGAACGCGUACCCUCCUCGUAAUCGAUUGAUGCCUCAGCGACAUGCUCGUGGUGAAGGACCUUGA